AUGGUGUGCCUCCCGGAUUGCUGGCGUGAGGCCAAGGUUACUUCCUGGGUAGACCCAAGUUUGCAUGUCGGGCAGCCCUAUAUUGACCACCUUGCCACUGUUGUUCGCGUGCAAGCCAGGAUAAAGGUUGGAAAGGGGGGCAACCGGCUGAAUCUAGCCCGUAUUGACGCCGCCGCCCUCAUCGAUCCAGCCAACAGGCCUCACCUUCAACGAAUCCUCUCAGCUGCUCCCAAGAUUCCCUGGAAUGUGACAGCUGAUGCGCAUGCAGCCCUGCUCGUGGGCUACUUGCAGAAGGAGCUCUCGGAGACUUUUGCCCCAGCUAAGGGGCGACCCAGACAGACUUACAUUUCCGAUGAAACUUGGACGCUGCGCGGCCAAGUUGCAGCACUACGAAAGAGAUGUGCCAGACUGCGCAAGCACUGCCGCAUGCAUCUCCUUGUUGCUGCCUUUCGCGCUUGGGCUGCUCGGGAUGCCGAAAUCCUGCACACUGCACUGUGUUCGCAGUGGGCUCUCCAAGCUGCCACCUGGGGACAAGCUCAUGCGCCGCCACUCCUGUUGGGAGGCAAAAAAGGGGCUUCAGCUGUCUUUGGAAGUCAUGCCAUACGCCUCUUCUGCAAAUGGGCCACCACCAACCAGCUGCCUGCCUGUGUCCUCUUUGCGGACGUCGCUUCCGCCUAUUAUAAUUCGGUCAGGGAUCUCACGGCUAGAAGAGUGGACGCCCAAGGAUGCUCGGUCUCCACAUACGCCCUGCCGGAAGGUGCCACUGCUCAUGAAGGUUUGCUUGCAGCCCUCCAAGGCCCUAGUGCCUUCGAGGCCGCUGGGGCCCCAGCUUGGCUAGAAUCGUUAGCAUCGGAAAUGCACCGGGGGUCCUGGUUUACCCUGCGCGGGGAUCACGUCCCCGUGACAACCCGCCGCGGGUCACAAACGGAAGUUGCUGCUGCCCUCCCACUUGUUUGCUCUUAUAAGCACUUGGGGGUCUUGGUAGGCGCGCAAGGCAAGCUCCGUGCCUACCGCUGUCGACGCAUCUCAGUCUCAAGAAGAGGAACCCUUCUCGCUUCCAUGGUGUUACCACGACUCCUGUUCGGAGCGGGUGCCUGGCCGUGUCUGAAACGCGGAGAAGCUCAGCUCUUCCAGCGUACUGUCAUGUCGCUGUACAGACAAACCUUGUGUGUACCACGCGGCGAAGACCAGCACAUUUCAGGAGCAACCACCUGUGCACUUCUCCGCCUUGCAGAUCCGCAGACCCUCCUACAGGUCGAGCGUUUGAGGUACCUCAGACAACUCGUUCAGGCCGCCCCGGACGCUGUGUGGGCCCUGGUUCGACAGGAUGCUUCCUACAUCGGGGAACUGCGUGCAGCCUUGAGAUGGCUUUACCGCCGCAUUUCUGCCACUGUCCCGUUACCGGAUCCCCUCCACUCGUGGCCUGAUUGGAGCCAGGUCAUGUGUGCGUCACCGGGCCGUUUCCGAGGAUGGAUUAAGCGGGCGUCUUCCCUGGAAGCCCUGCGCUUGCGGGCCUUUGCGGCUUUCCAGUCCUGUCGACGUUUUCUGACUUCCUUUUGCCCUGAUGAGCAACGAGAGCCAGAGACAGCGGUCAGGUUUUCUGAAGCUUGCCUACCGUGCCGUAAAGCCUUUGUGGAUAGGGUCUCAUGGGCCUGUCAUGCGAGCAGGCUCCACGGCUACCGGACGAGGGCCACGGAGCUUACAAGGGGUGUCGAACGGGCCUGGUGCAGCGGGUGUGGGAAGCUUUUCGCCAAUGCCAGCCGCAUGAAAAGGCACGUCUUUGUCACUCAAGAGUGCCAACGGCGUUGGGGCACCUUUCACCCUGCUGGCCCGCCGCCUAAAGACCCUCUGCACCCAUCAGCACCACCGAUGCAGCUUCCAGGCCUGCAUGAUGUGACAGCCGAUGAGGAGGGCCCAUCUUCCGGCACUUGCCACCCCGCACUGCUGGAGGCCCUUCUAGGUCUCGAUGACUCCGCCGACGAUAAGGCAUGGGAGGCUAUUCAGGACUUCAUUGCCCCCAUUGAACACCUCCGCUGCACUGUUUCCGCAUGGAAGGAUCACCCUCAGGCCCAGUCCUUCGCGGCAGAUGUAGCAGGUAACAUGAUCCUCCUGCUCGACCCUGAGGUCUGUUGCGAGGUCUUCCAUAGGCCCAAGCAGCCCUCCCCGAAGGUGGAUUUUCUGGCACCCCUUACCUUUCCGGCUGGACUUGCCCUGCCUCUUGCCUCGCAUGGGGCCGCUGCUUCCUUCUCUGUAGAGGAGCCACCCCUGCCUUCAUUUGUCUACCCUUUCGACUGCAGCGCGCCACUCGCGCCUGCUUCGCGACAAAUCGAUUGGCUUGAGGCUUCUAUUGAGGUCGUUGUGGCGGCGGUCCAAACCGCAGCAAGCGCCCCGGUUCGCAUUUCCGCGUCGGGGGCAGCGCUGAGGGGACUGGAGCCUUUCACCUCCUGGUUGUGCAAAGGAGGAAUGAUCAAGACGGCUGACGGUCUGGUCUCUUCAUGA